AUGCCCGAAGAAUUCGUCAAGUCAUCAUCCUCCCACCACGAGUGGGAACAACCCGCCUUUCUGAAGCUCGAUCAGAAUUUAAGCUUGCGUGAGACUAUCCAGCGGCAUGGAAGGGCCCUAUUACUAUGUACCAUACCAUUUACGGCGGCCGUGCUGUUCGGAUACGACACAAUCGUCAACGGGGCCUCAAUCUCAAUGCCUGCUUUCCUUCUAUACUUUGGGGACAAGGAUUCCACCGGACUAUAUCUACCAUCACUCUGGACCUCGCUUUGGACAUCUAUGUCGGCACUAGCCCAGGCCCUCACAGCUACUGGCACCGGUUAUCUAGCCGAUCGCAUCGGGCGCAAGUGGUCUGGCUGCAUAGCGGGGGUGAUCUCUUUGGCAGGUGCAUCUGUGCUGUAUAUUGCUCAGACCCGGAGUGCUCUUCUGGGAGGAAAGAUUGUAAUGGGUCUGGGAAUUGGCAUGGCUAUGGCCGCCGGCACAACAUAUGCAUCAGAGAUUGUUUCUCCUCACCUAGUUCCCCAGGUCCAACAAGCCUUGGUCAUCUUCAUUCUCAUAAUGCAAGCAUUGGCCAUGGGGGUUAUUCGCAUAUUUGUGCCCGAUAUGUCUGAACACGCAUUUCGCACGGUAUUUGCAAUUCAGUGGGGUGUGGGUGGACUUGUUGCUAUUGCCUUUGCCUUGGCUCCGGAGUCUCCAGUAUACUCUAUCAUAAACAACAAGCGGGAAAACGCAAAGAAACUAUUCGAAUGGCUCUACAGUGAUAGCGCUGAUGGAGAGGAGCGUUACCAGUACCUGGUUAAGACCAUCGAAGAGGAAGGCUCUCAACGUGAUGCCAAUAAAGCUGGAUAUAUGGAGUGUUUCCAAGGGACCAACCUGAAGAGGACGCUAACAAUUAUGUUCCUCUUCGGUAUUGUGAACCUUGGUGGUGCUCCUUUCCUCUCUCAGUCGAUCUAUUUCUUGGUAUCUGUCGGCUUGCCCGCCAUUCACGUUUUCGAUAUUUCUGUUGGAGGAUUUGGCUUGGCAAUUAUCAUCAUUAUUGCCAGUGGUAUUCUUUUGAAAGGGUUCAGGCGCAGUAACAUCCUAUUCUGGGGUACCGCUGUCAAUCUACUAUUCAACCUUGUGAUCGGGGCUCUAUAUUACGGGCAUGGAAACGGACCUAAGUGGGCUAUCGCGAUUCUCAUGAACAUAUUGAUUUCCUUACAAGCAGCCUUCAUGCAGGCGACAGGAUGGUCAAUUGCAGCAGAGAUUUCCAGCUAUCGACUACGUGCCAAGUCAAUGUCCUUAGGAAUGAUGUCGCAAACAUUCACCACCUGGAUCAUUACAUUCGUUGUUCCCUAUAUGUACAAUGUUGACUCCGGUAACCUAGGCGCUCGAACUGGAUUUUUGUUUGCCGGCAGCUCUGUGUUGCUUAUUUGGGGAGUCUACGCUCUCGUUCCUGAUACAACUGGUUUGUCAACUGAAGAACUUGAUAACUUUUACGAGACAAAAGUACCAGUGCGUCAAUUCGCAGGCCAUAAAGAGGCGUUGGCGUUGCACCCUUGA